UAAUUGGUCUCUCACAACUCACACCCUUCCUUCAGCCUCCUCCGUGUGUAACCCGCCGGAAUAUUCACAAAAAAAGGUUCAAAUUUUCACAAUCUUUUCAUCCAAAGAUUUGAUUUUUCGUAUCCAUUUAUCGUGAAUUUUAGAUCCUAUAUAUAGAGAUGUCGAUGCCUUCAACGUAUUGGUGCUACAGAUGCAAUAGGUUUGUGAGGGUUUGGAGCCAGGGUUCGGUAGCGUGUCCGGAUUGCAAUAGCGGGUUUGUGGAGGAAAUCGACAAUUCGAACCGAUCCUCCGCCUUGGAUUCUCAACGGCGGAGAUUCCCGUCGUCGGCGAUGUUCAUGAUGCGGAAUUUGGAUCGGAGCUCCGGGUCGAGUCCGCGACUCCGGAGGAGCAGAAGGAAUGGUUGGGACCGUUCGCCGUUUAAUCCCGUCAUUGUUCUCCGAGGGCCGUCGGAUGGCGGCGGCGAAGGGGGUGGAGGAGGGAGGGGGUUUGAGUUGUACUAUGACGACGAGGCGGGGGCGGGAUUGAGGCCUUUGCCGGCGAGUAUGUCGGAGUUUCUUCUCGGGUCGGGUUUCGACCGCCUGUUGGAUCAGUUGACCCAAAUUGAAGCGAACGGCAUCGGAGGAAUCGAGAAUCCGCCGGCGUCAAAAGCGGCGAUCGAGUCAAUGCCGACGAUCGAGAUCGCGGAUUCCCACAUAUCCACCGAAUCUCACUGCGCCGUUUGUACGGAGCCCUUCGAGGUCGGGAACGACGCUCGCGAAAUGCCCUGUAAGCAUCUAUUCCAUUCCGAUUGCAUUCUCCCAUGGCUUUCCAUGCGUAAUUCCUGCCCUGUUUGUAGACACGAAUUACCCCCAGACACUAGAAACCCUAGCGACUCCAUCAGGGGCUCAUCAGAUCCCCAAAACAUCACACCAAACGAUGACGAAGCCGUAGGGUUAACAAUAUGGAGGCUCCCCGGCGGCGGUUUCGCCGUGGGGCGGUUCACCGGGGGUAGAAGAGGCGGGGAAAGAGAGUUCCCCUUAGUCUACACCGAAAUGGACGGUGGGUUCAACAACAAUGGAGUUCCCAGGAGAAUUCCCUGGGGCUCUAGGGGCAAUCAAUCACAGCAAAAUGGUGGCUUCAGAAGAGCUUUCUUCAACCUCUUUGCCUGUUUCGGUAGAGUUGGUUCAUCACAUUCCAAUUCUAGCUUAGGCUCUAGGAUAACUCGCAGGAGUAGUAGUUCACUAUCGACCAGAAGACGCAGGGGCUGGAGUUUCGGGGCCAAUGAUGAACCUCAAAGGUGGUGAUCUUCAAUCCCCGGGAGAGAUUGCUAUCACGAGAUGUAAAUAACUAGAUAAUGAUAAUGCAAUAGCGAAUCUUCUGUGGCACAUCCUGCUGUGGAUACCGAUUAACCACAAACAAAGCAUUCGCGGGGACGUUGCAGAAGAGGUUUAGAAGUGAUGGUUUAGUACCAGCUGUGGAUAACUUUCGUGUGGAAGCUGCUGCAGAAGAGGUUUAGUGCAAUAAUACCUGCUGGGACUAUGAACUUUCGCGUGAGAAGGUUUAGCAGUGAAGGAUGACUUCAAGAACGAAAGAAUCUAGGGGUUAGUGGAAGAAGAAGGUACACACAGCCUGGACUUUGCAAUUAACCUGCAUUUCUUUUCUUUAAUUUGAUGAUCCCGCAUGAUGAUGCUAGGCCUUGCCUUUCAGCUUUAAACGUUUUUCUGUGCCGAGUAAUUGAAUCCUUACGAAGGAUCAUAAAACUUUAUGAUUAUAGCUUUUUAAAUUGUAUGAUCUUUGGUGGAGCAUGACAAGAUGACAUCUUCAUUCAUACUUUUUAAAUUCUUUUAGUUGCUGGAGAAAGUGUAUUCCUUUUCUUGGGUACCUUAUCUUUUCAUUUUUGGAUUAAUAAUGUAACGAGUUUAUUUAUCAGUUUGCAUGAUGGGGUUUCUUUAGAGCUGAAAAAAUAGUUUAUUUAUCAGUUUGCAUGAUUGAA